AUGGUCAAACAGGGGCGGAGACCCAGGCCCUGCAAUUGGGCAAGAGGCAAGCUGAGCUCUCCAGAAGUGCCCAGUGAUCUGUCUAGCUCUGCACAGUAACAGUGACACCCUGCCUCAGCCUUAAGCACCCUCCCUUACCUCCUGUUCCAGGGGGAAUUGGAUCCUUUCCUGCCCAUCAGAACUUCUGCCUCCUGGUCAGUGCUGAUACAGCAGACCCUGUGGACGGGACAGUGCUUGCUGUGAGACCAUGAAGAUCGAGUUCGCACCUCUCAAUAUCCCGCUGGAGAGGCGCCUGCAAACCGCUGCUGUGCUGCAGUGGGUCCUAUCCUUCCUCCUGUUGGGGGAGAUAGGCAUUGGGAUCCUAGUGAUGCUGAUAGUACACAAUUACUGGUUCAUUUACAUCCCAUAUCUGGCCUGGUUCUUCUAUGACUGGGAAACCCCAGAGCGAGGAGGCAGGAGAUCUGACUGGGUCCGAAGCUGGACUGUGUGGAAGUACUUUAAGGACUAUUUUCCAAUUCACCUCAUCAAAACCCAGGAUUUGGAUCCAAGUCACAAUUAUAUAUUUGGGUUUCACCCUCAUGGAGCAUUCGUGGCUGGAGCCUUUGGAAAUUUCUGUACAAAUUAUUCAGAUAUCAAGAAGCUAUUUCCUGGCUUUAUGGUGUAUCUUCAUGUGGCCACAUUGUGGUUCCGGUUCCCCUUCUUCCGAGAAUAUCUGAUGAACUAUGGACCGCUUUCAGUUUCUCAGAAGAGCUUGUCUUAUGUGUUGAGCAAGGACGGAGGUGGGAAUAUUUCAGUCAUUGUUCUCGGGGCUGCAGAGGAGACACUGAAUGCCCACCCUGGAAAUUUUACCCUAUGUAUCCACAAGCGCAAAGGAUUUGUUAAGAUUGCCUUGACCCAUGGUGCCAGUUUGGUCCCAGUGUUUUCUUUUGGUGAAAAUGAUCUAUACAAACAGAUUAAUAACCCUAAGGGUUCAUGGCUUCGAACUGUGCAAGACACAAUGCUGAACUUAACAGGCUUCACCAUACCAUUAAUCUGUGGCAGAGGGAUUUUCCAGUACAGCUUUGGCCUAAUGCCCUAUCGGAAACCGAUCUACACUGUUGUUGGCCGCCCCAUCCCUGUUCAGCAGACUCUGCACCCGACCCCAGAGCAGAUUGAGGAGCUGCAUCGGACCUACUUGCAGGAGCUGAGGACACUAUUCGAAGAGCACAAGGGGAAGUACGGUAUUCCAGAGCACAAAACCCUGGUGUUUACAUGACUGCCUCCUCCAUGCACAAAGGAAGACAAGAAAGCAUUGUUGAGAAAAAUAAAUAGUUUAAAUAGU